ACAGUUCCUCUCCCUUUCACUCUCACACCCUGCAUUUAUAAUAGCAUCAUCAUUCUGCUUCCUGCUUACACUUUAGCUUACUCACCUUUUUCCUUCAUGGCUCUGAUACUACUCUUUGCUAUUUUAUUCUUUAUGGCAUCCUCAAGCAAUGCCUACUGGCCACCUUCACCAGGUUACUGGCCUAGUUCCAAAUUCAGGACAGUAAACUUUUACACAGGGUUUAGAAAUCUCUGGGGCCCUCAGCACCAAGGCAUAGACCAAAAUGCAUUAACAAUAUGGCUUGAUAGAACCUCAGGGAGUGGCUUCAAGUCGGUUAGACCAUUUCGAUCCGGUUACUUUGGUGCAUCCAUUAAGCUCCAUCCUGGCUACACUGCAGGAGUUAUAACAGCUUUCUAUCUUUCUAACAAUGAGGCGCAUCCGGGCUUCCACGAUGAAGUGGACAUUGAGUUUCUUGGGACGACAUUUGGAAAGCCUUAUACAUUGCAGACCAAUGUUUAUAUAAGAGGGAGCGGGGAUGGCACAAUUAUUGGCAGAGAAAUGAAGUUCCAUCUUUGGUUUGAUCCUACCAAAGAUUUUCAUCACUAUGCUAUACUCUGGAAUCCUAAGGAAAUAAUAUUCCUUGUGGAUGAUGUGCCCAUAAGGAGGUAUCCAAGGAAGAGUGCUGAAACAUUUCCACUGAGGCCAAUGUGGCUUUAUGGUUCAAUAUGGGAUGCUUCAUCAUGGGCAACAGAAGAUGGAAAGUACAAAGCUGAUUACAGAUACCAACCUUUUGUUGCAAGGUACACCAACUUCAAGGCUGGUGGUUGCUCUGCCUAUGCCUCUCGUUGGUGCCGUCCAGUCUCAGCCUCACCAUAUCGCUCUGGUGGCUUAACCAGAAGACAAUUUUGGGCCAUGAGAUGGGUGCAAAAACACCACAUGGUUUAUAACUAUUGCCAAGACCCCAAAAGAGACCACAGACUAACACCUGAGUGUUGGGGGUAACAUUUUCAACUGAGUAAAGUUAUGCAAUAUUUGGUUGGUAUACUAAACCAUUUAUUGGUUCAUAUGAAUAAAUUAGUUGUGUGUUUUGUUACACUAAAUCCUACUAAUUGUGAUUUGUUUGAUGUGGUAAAGUAAAAUUUAAAGUAAGAUUGGAUUUAGUGUA